AUGACGCGCCAUGCCUUCCGACGGGGGGCUCACUCCACAGCAAGUAGUGAGAAGGUCAGUAUUUCUCUCGGCUCCAAUGUGGGCAAUAGGGUGAGUGCAAUUUGCAAAGCAUUAGACGAGGUGAGGCAGUUUGCGAAUGUCUGCCGUACUUCGUUUCUGUAUGAAAGCCCUCCAAUGUAUGUUGAAGAGCAACCUGCACUCCUCAACGCUGCAUGCGAAAUCGAGACAACGCUGGAGCUACUUGACGUCCUUCAAGCCGUGAAGCGCGUUGAAAAGAAAUUUGGGAGAGAUCAGAAGAGCGUCGGGUAUGGGCCGCGCUCUAUUGAUCUCGACAUUAUUGCGUACGGAGAACGCCUCGUUCAAACGUCAGAUGACAAAUUAGUGAUUCCUCAUCCUCGGCGAGCGGAGAGAGAUUUUGUUCUUCGCCCGCUCUCCGACAAUUCUGAAGAUUGUCAGAUCCCACGAACUGACGGCACCAAACGAAGUGCAGUUGACCUGCUCUCAUAUUUGCUUGGGGGUGAAACAGACUGCAAUCUGGUCAAAGUCACGCCCACGAACACAGGCAAACUCCUAAAAUGGGGAUCACACACGUUAUUAAUGGGGAUCAUUAAUGCCACUCCGGACAGUUUCAGCGACGGGGGAGAAAACAACAGGGUGAGCUCUGCGCUGCGGCGGGCGGAAGAAUUCGCGAAAUUCGACUUCGACGUAUUGGACAUCGGCGGCCAAAGCACGCGGCCAGGUGCAGAGACAGUCGGCGCAAAUGAGGAACUGAAGCGUGUACUGGCGAUCACCGAUGCGAUUCGACGUGAGUUUCCGUCGUUGAUCAUCUCCACUGAUACGUUUGACGCGUCAGUGGCAUCAGAAAUGGUGGCGCACGGGGCCGAAAUAAACAACGACGUGGCGGCUACGCAGAGCACGCAGAGUGGCGGACGACGGCACGGGAGGGCCAUCACUUGUUCCAAGGAUGCUGAGGAUGAAGUUGUAACCAACUUGAAGCGUGUUGGUGUACAAAAGCCUUUGGGCCGUCGGCACAAAGGCAAAGUUGAUGGCGUGGGCAAUGGGCCAGAACUGUGCGGAUGCAAAAGAAAGUGUGUUAGGAGUUGCUGCACCUCCAGCGGGCGCUUACCUCCUAUUUGCCACUUUACUGCCAUUUGGCAAACUUGCCUGCCUUGA